GUAUUUUUUAGUACUGUACUCUACUUCGUGAAACAAGGAAUUUUCUUUCAGUAUUUUUUAGUACUGUACUCUACUUCUAUUUUUUGGUACUGUACUCUACUUACUGAAACAAGGAAUUUUCUUUCAGUAUUUUUUGGUACUGUACUCUACUUCGUGAAACAAGGAAUUUUCUUUCAUUAUUUUUUGGUACUGUACUCCACUUCUAUUUUUUGGUACUGUACUCUACUUACUGAAACAAGGAAUUUUCUUUCAGUAUUUUUUGGUACUGUACUCUACUUCGUGAAACAAGGAAUUUUCUUUCAUUAUUUUUUGGUACUGUACUCCACUUCGUGAAACAAGGAAUUUUCUUUCAGUAUUUUUUGGUACUGUACUCUACUUCGUGAAACAAGGAAUUUUCUUUCAGUAUUUUUUGGUACUGUACUCUACUAAGUGAAACAAGGAAUUUUCUUUCAGUUUUUUUGGUACUGUACUCUACUUACUGAAACAAGGAAUUUUCUUUCAGUUUUUUUGGUACUGUACUCUACUUAGUGAAACAUGGAAUUUCCUUUCAGUAUUUUAGGUAUUGUACUCUACUUAGUGAAACAAGGGAUUUUCUUUCAGUAUUUUUGGUACUGUACUCUACUUACAUAUCACAUUUACUGAAAAUCAGUUAAAAAGUAAAGAAAUUAAUUGCCUUUUUAAUGAUCACAACAAUUGGGGUUAAAUUGGAAAUUGUCCCAACUUCUUAUUUUAAUUUACAUACCUAGUCUUACUAAUAUAGAUUCAAAACUUUAG